GCUGAACAAAAUGGAAAUAAUCAUUCACUCUCCCAAGUUGUGCACACAGAGACGUCUCUCUAUAUUUGUCACAAUGGCACUACCGUGGUUUUCGUCACCCUUAGGGGCACCAGUGUCCUCUUGGUCCUAUAAAUAUUGCCUCGAGUCUUUCACCACACUCUAACACCUAAACGGCCCCUCUCUCUCUCUCCCUCACCCUCCCAUCCCCUGCAAGCUCCUCUCUUAAGGUUCCUUUCUUGGCCUGAGGGGACCAGUCUAGUACUGGUGACUGAGUGUGGAGAGAAGGCUACUGGUCUUGAAGCCUAAAAGAGAAUAGGAACGAAGGAAAGUUUGAAGCAUUCCUGCAGAGAAUAUGACAAAGGCCAUCCCAAGUCAAGUGGAAGAAGAGCUCGCCUCUCUCAUGAACUUUGGCAUGCACUCCCAAAGGACAGAAGGGGAGACAAGAACGCGUCGAAGGAGGAGGAAGCCAAAGGCGAAUGGUGCAGAGGGAGAGGCGAGGAAGAGGAGGCUCACUGAUGCUCAGGUGGAGUUCCUGGAGAUGAGCUUCGGAAAGGAGAGAAAACUGGAGUCAGGGAGGAAGGUGCACCUCGCCGGUGAGAUCGGCCUCGACCCGAAACAGGUCGCCGUUUGGUUUCAGAACCGAAGGGCAAGGCACAAGAACAAGCAGCUGGAGGAGGAGUAUCUCAAGCUCAAGUCGGCCCAUGAUGCCAUCGUCGUCGAGAAAUGCCACCUCGAGAACGAGGUUCUGAAACUGAAGGAGAAGCUUUCAAAGGCUGAGGAGUCCAUAAGGAAGCUCUCUGAAACAGUCAAUGGGGCUUGUGGCGGCGGCGGCGGCGGCAGUGGUGGUGGCGGUGAGAGUGGCGGCAGCCCAACGUCGUCCUUCUCGACCGUUACUUACCAUCCUCUGGUUGGAGAAUUUGGAGUGGAUGGAGAAGUUGAUUUCAUGUACAUACCAGAGUAUUAUUUUAGUAACUACAUGGAUUGGGGUAAUCCAUAUGGAAUAUUGUAAAAUACCAUGAUCAGUAUUGUCAUGAUUUAUGUGAUUAAUCUAUGUAAAUUAUGCUAAGUUCUAGUAGUUUCGCUAACAGAAUCCAUCUCCAGUCAUGGAGCUUGUAAUUAAUUAGCGAAAGUAAGUUCUAGUUUAAUGUAAUUGUUUGCUCCUAAUGUAUUAAUGGAACAAGAAUUAAAUGAAAAAUGUGUAUCGUUGUUUA